AUGGCAAAAGCAAUCUCAUUGAACAAAACAGGAAAGGUAAGGGGAUCCACACCAAAGGUAGCAAAGGCAGACAAGCCAAAGCCAAAGAGAGGAAGAGCUGCAAAGAGAGCAUUAUACGAGAAGCGAGUCAGCAAGGGAUACUUCGAGGGAACCAUGAAGAUGAACCAACAGGUGGUAAGAUAA